AGCUCAUCGUAACGCGCGGGAAUGAUUUUUUAUUAUUAUAUUUAUUAGUAUAAUAUACUCUAUUAGUAUUAUUGUUAAACCGAACAUACUGUUCUCGUUAAAAAACCAAAAGAAAUAGUAAAUGUGUACGUAUUUUACUGAUUUUUCGCAUACGUUUUUUAUUCACAGUUGGCUGAAGCAUGUUUUGUGUUUUAGCGUCUCCCGCACAGGCGGUGACGCGCUUCUCUUUGGCUACCUUGUGUGCAUGGCGCAUAUGACACCGCCCCCGUGCUGAAUCCCGUGUCAGAAAUGUAUCGCUAUAGGGAAACGCUGUUGUGUUGUCGCUGGCUGUGGAAAGUGUCACUAUGGCAGAGCGCUUUUUGAUGGAGGUGUGUGUAGACUCUGUGGAGUCUGCUAUCAAUGCAGAAAUAGGAGGUGCUGGUCGACUUGAGCUGUGCUCUAGCCUUCUGGAGGGAGGGCUCACGCCAAGCAUUGGUCUGCUUCAGGUAGUGAAGCAGAGUGUCAAAAUUCCGGUCUAUGUGAUGAUCCGGCCUCGUGGUGGGGACUUCCUGUACUCGGAUCAGGAUGUGGACGUGAUGAGGAAGGACAUAGAGCUGAUGAGGAGCCACGGAGCUGAUGGACUAGUGCUGGGAGCCCUGACAGAAGAUGGACGGGUGGAUUCAGAGAUCUGCAUGGAGUUACUAGCUGCUGCUCGUCCUUUACCUGUCACCUUCCACCGAGCGUUUGACGUGGUUCAUGACCCAACCACUGCUCUGGAGACUCUGGUGUCAUUGGGAUUUGAGCGCGUUUUGACAAGUGGCUGUGACAGCUCUGCUUUGGAAGGACUCCCUCUCAUUAAAAGGAUUAUCGAUCAAGCUAAAGACAGAAUUGUCAUCAUGCCAGGAGGGGGUAUCACGGAGAGAAAUCUGCAGAGGAUUUUAGAGGGAUCGGGGGCUCAAGAGUUUCACUGCUCAGCCCGCUGCAGUCGGGAUUCUGCCAUGAAGUUCAGGAACACCUGUGUGAUGAUGGGAACUGUUUUAUCAACGUCUGGAUAUGGCCUUACGGUGGCAGAUGUGAGCAAAGUACGCAAUCUCAAUGCAAUUGCCAAAAACACCUUGUGAAUGGGUACCGGACAGUCAUGACAGACAUUAAAACAUAUUAGUCGUAAAACUGAUGUGUCCUCAUUUAUUUUCAAUAAAUCCCAGACAUUGCAUUACUUCCAAAA